GGAUGCCGGAGGCGAUGUUUUGUCUGUUGCUAUCCAUAGUGCACCGUAGUGCCCUCGUUAUGUUUCUUGUGAUGGAGGCCCUUGCUCGACUGGCCACUCUCACUCUUUCUUUUCGAGCUCUCUCUCCACUUAGUUUCUUUCCCUAAUAGUAACGGGUUGAUCUCAUAGUCUGAUCAUCGAAGGAUAUAAAUACAGCCUAAGGGUCCUCCUUCUCUUCCCCUUCAGUACUCCAAAGACAUUCGUUUUCAAACAAAACAACUUGAUACCUUUCCACACCAUACCACCACACCUAUCACUAUAUAUUAUAAUCAAAACUUUCUAAUACCAUCAAAAUGAAGUUCACUCUCGCCUCUACUCUUCUCCCCCUCCUGGCCGCCGCUGCCCCCGCCCAGCAGCGUGAUACUACCAAUGCCACCACUCCCUCUACCUUCGGCAUCAUGUCCGCCCGCUCCGGCUCUCCCAUCCACCUUCUCCCCUUGAACGCCAACAGCGGCGGUUUCUACCUGGGUGGAAACACCUCUUCUUACUGCCCGAUCUCUUCCGGCUGCCCUCCUGGUACUGAGACCGUGUUUGCUGGUGAUGGCUCUGCUUUGGACGUCGAAGUCCCCGGCGGCCAGCAAGUCUACGUCGCUCCCAGCGGCGCCCUGACCUUCACCGUCCCCCACUCGGCCUACAUCCCCGCUGGCUCGUCCACCGGCCCCUUCAAGUACACCCCCGGCAAGCCCUUCGGCAGCUGGACUUUCACCGGUGCCGGUGCUACGGGCUUCAUGGCUUGCCCUGACCAGGGUAACAAGUGGCAGGUGUUUGCUGCUACUAAGAAUGCUACCGUGCCCAGUGGCAAUGUCGCUGAUUGCUUGGGCUUUGAUGCCCUCGCUGUGGCUACCAAUGGUUCUGUCGCUGCUUGGGAGUAUAUCUAAACUACUUAGUACUACCUUUUCGGGGAAAAGAUACUAAAGUAGUUAUAGAUGAAGUGGGUUGGU